AGAAACAGUUUCUUCCAGUUGUUAUAUUUAAUGCUUGUCUCUACAUUCCACUCUGCCAUAAUUUACGAUGGACUAGCCAUCUUGAGACUGCAUGAUCCUCAUUCAUACCACCUGCCCAUUCCAUUAAUCAUCUGCUCCAUUAAUGUCCUCACAUUUCUCAUUGCUUCCUACUCUAAUCCCGGGAUCAUCACUCAGAAGAACGUCAAGUACCAUUUGUCAUUUUAUAAAUUUGACAGUGUUAUUUUUAGGAGAGGGGAUGUCUGUUCGACUUGUAAAUUUAUGAAACCAGCGAGAUCGAAGCAUUGCAAAAUUACAGAUAGAUGCAUUUACAAGUUUGAUCAUUACUGUGUUUGGAUAGGAAAUGCCAUCGGUGGCAACAACCACAGAUACUUCUUACUGCUGUUAUUUACCCUAGCUGUCAUG